CUAUAAGAAGUGGACCGACCCCAGCGUUUAGCACCGUCGUGUCCAGGUUGUCCAGCCGUUUGAUCCGGACGCUGAACGAACUCAACUUUUCCACUUGAGUCACUGGAGGAAGCAGAUGAGGUCUGAGGCCGAGGUGCCACGGGCGACGUCCGGCCUGUCACAGUGGAUACGGAGCCAAAGCUCACGUCUGGAGUGUUUGUGAAACAUAUGCAGAGAUAUUUCUUUUUUCCUUUUAUACAUAUUCCGAGACACCGAGUCCCUUUCAAUGACAUCUGCGGCGUGUUAACGUGCCUCAGAGACGCCUGUUUAUCUGCAGAGCUCAUCUGGCCUAGUUGGAGAGCUCCUGCCAAGCUUUGAAACCUUCGGCGAGAGUUGCACUGCACCCACACACUCCUCCCCACACCCCCACCAUCAUUAACGGUUCCAUUGAAAUGAAGUGAAACCUGCCUAGAAAGUGGAAUUAGAAAGUCAGAGCGACAAACAGUUCUGAAAGGACGAACUUAACAGGUGAACUGUGGCAGACGUCCUCAUAUUUGAAAACCGUGUUCAGUUUGAAGAGGCCGUUAUAUCCGCGCAAAAAUGGCGCCCGCCGUCGGUGGCCCUCGAGGCUACACACCACCCGAAGGCGGCUGGGGCUGGAUGGUGGUGGUCGGGGCUUUCAUAUCAAUCGGCUUCUCUUAUGCAUUCCCCAAGUCCAUCACGGUCUUCUUCAAAGAGAUCGAGGUGAUCUUCGACGUGACCAGCAGCCAGGUGUCCUGGAUCUCCUCCAUCAUGUUGGCCGUGAUGUACGGCGGAGGUCCCAUCAGCAGCAUCCUGGUGAACAAAUAUGGCAGUCGUCCUGUUAUGAUGGCCGGAGGAUGUCUGUCUGGUUUGGGCCUUGUUGCUGCCUCAUUCUGCAAUUCUGUUGAAGAACUGUACUUUUGUAUUGGAGUGGUGGGAGGUUUGGGUUUGGCCUUCAACCUCAACCCAGCCCUCACCAUGAUUGGAAAAUACUUCUACAAGAGGCGUCCUAUUGCUAAUGGCAUUGCGAUGGCCGGCAGUCCUGUGUUCCUCUCCACCCUGGCUCCUCUGAACACCUGGUUCUUCGACCGGUUCGGCUGGAGAGGAAGUUUCCUGAUCCUCGGCGGCCUGCUCUUCAACUGCUGCGUGGCCGGGUCCCUCAUGCGGCCAAUCGGACCCAAACCCAAACCAGUGGAAGAGUCCACAGAGAGUAAGACAGUGAUCCAGACCAUCAACAGCUUCAUUGACCUCUCUCUGUUCAAACACCGUGGGUUUUUGCUUUAUAUCCUGGGCAACAUCAUCAUGUUCUUCGGCCUCUUUGCUCCUCUGGUGUUCCUCAGCAACUUUGCCAAGAGUAAAGAGAUCCCUAAAGAAAAAGCAGCCUUCUUAUUGUCUGUGCUGGCCUUUGUCGACAUGGUCGCCCGGCCCUCAAUGGGCAUGGUAGCAAAUACCAAAUGGGUGCGGCCCAGGAUACAGUACUUCUUUGCUGCCUCUGUGCUGUACAACGGUGUGUGCCACGUCCUAGCUCCCAUGUCAGUGGACUACACAGGCUUUGUCAUUUACGCCAUCUUCUUUGGGUUCGCCUUUGGCUGGCUGAGCUCAGUGCUUUUUGAGACCUUGAUGGACCUGGUGGGAGCUCAGCGCUUCUCCAGCGCUGUCGGCCUGGUCACUAUUGUGGAGUGUGGGCCGGUGUUGCUGGGCCCCCCUUUGCUUGGAAGGUUCAAUGACAUCUAUCAUGAUUACAAGUACACGUACCAGGGCUGCGGGAUCAUCCUCAUCGUCUCCAGCGUCUUCCUGUUUGCGGGGAUGGGACUCAACUACCGGCUGCUGGACAAAGAGAAAAGAGAGGAGGAGAAGAGGGCCCGGGGGGGAGGUGGAGAGCAGGAGUCCAACAGGGACAAUGCCGCCAAGGAAGUGGCGGACGCAAGGAAGACAGACGACACCGUCUAACCUUCUGCAACAUGUUAGGUUACAGUCUCUCCAAUUUAAUAUUGUCUGUGAGAUGUAUAUUAUAUAUCAUAUUCAUUAAAACAGAUGCUUGCGUGAAGCAGUACAGAGAAACAAUGUUCUGUUUCAUAAUGCAUUGUAUUUGAGGACCACCAUAGAAAUCAUCGCUUCAUUUGCAAAACCAUGUAAAAUAUUUACACACCUAUUAAAGCCCUUUAAACUUUUAUAAAACAAUUCAUAUAAUACCUCUGAUAUUCCUCUAUGGACUGGUAUAAUGUGUUUGGAUGACUAUUACAUUUUAUUUUGCCUUUUAUGUCACUAUAAUAUAUUGAUGUUUUUUUUUUUAUCUCAGAUUGUGUAACUCUAACUUUACUGCAGCAUAUUAUAGUAGUUAGUUUAGUAUUUUAAUAUUUGAAAAAAGUACCGUCUGAUAAUCAAAGUUUUUUUUCUUCCAUUAAGGAACAUUUACAGAGCAGGGUUUAUUUUGUAAAAGAGACUUUGAACAUAUAUAAAAGAGUAUUAUUAAAGUAUUCACCGCCCUCUUUGCUUUCAAACUCAUUUUAAAGACAUUUUUGUGUUUACAAAGACCUGGUCGCACACUAUUUGCACUUUUUGAAAGUUUUAAAACACCCUUGGUUCCACAAUAUUCUAUAUUCCACAAUGUCUUCAUGUAAUCUCAGUUCACUUAUAAACUUGCUUUAUUUUUUUGUUAAAUUUUUGAUUAUGAAUGAUGCAAAUUAUUAAUAAUGCAGAGGGCUUUGAACCUUGUCACAUAUUCACGAUAGGAAAAUGCACCACUGACUAAACUUUCUUGUAAAUUUAGCACAUUUCUGAAAAUUCAAUAAACUGUCAAUUGACAAGAAUAAAAACAUGUCCACUGUA